UCCACCCCGAAAGAUUGUCAGCAUCGGAUCGCCUGAGGUAGCCUCGAGAGGAACGCAUGUCGCGAUCAUCAACGGUAUACUUGUUGACGGCCUGCACGGGACGCGAAUAUCUUACGAGAAUGUGAAGUAAAUGGACGAGAUAGUGUCAGGUUCAAAACAAUGAUACUUCUCGCUGGCAGCGCACAAUCUCAAAAUGCUUCAUGAACUACUUCUGGCAUUAUCUGGCCAUCCGUCGCCCUUAUUCAAAGACGACAUCGAUACAGAGUCAAGUUCAUUCUCGCCGUCAACCGACCAUGGUGCAGUCCUUCUCUCAUCUUCCGAGCGGGCGCUCCUCAAAUCGAUUGGCACAUUGUCAAAUUCUCACCGCCGGCUCAAGUCGCUGCUUAAGACUAUCGCCGAUGGUCACCCAUCCACAAUUUGUCGCUCUGUAGCUGUAGCAAUCCAUCAAACGCAUCUGGACCGCUUUCAGCAACGGGUCUUGUCUGUUGAGGGCAAGAUCCUUGUCAAAGAUGCCUCGCUCGUGGGUGCUUACAACAUCGUCCCGUUAGCAAGCGUCGUUGGCGAAUUUGAUGACUGGCAUCGACUCAUGGCAUGGUACAUGCGCCUUGCCCAGUUCAUACUACCGUCAUCCGCAUACAAGCUGCAACAGAGUCGUGACGUAUUCCGAGGAGCAUGUACUGGCGCUGCUUUAAUCGAUGAGCUUCGCAGUGAGAUGCAAACCGGGUUUCCGGAAAUCGAGGUGGCCGCCACAGAACUCUGCCGCGUCGCUGAACUCGCGUGGCUGCGCCAAACCUCUGCAUGGGUUGUGUAUGGACGACUACCUGUGUCAGGAGCUGAGGACUUUUUCAUUCAGCCUGAGAAAGUCCGUCAUGAUGUCGAAGCAAACCCAGAGACGGACUCCGUGAGUUUUGUCAAGAUUCAGGCAUUGCUUCCAGCACAUAUCACAUCAUCUACUGAGUCUGUGAUGCUAUUCAUUGGGAAAUCAUUGCACCGGGUGCAAGCAUACAGAAGGACAUAUCCCAUUGUUUCAUCGAAGAUAUCGGACAGCCAAGUGGAUCCAGCAGCAUUGGCAGCGUCCCACCUCGCUCAAUUAUCUUCACUGACACUUCCUCUCGUACCCACGCAAUUCAAUCGCCUCAUACUUUCACUCCGCUCAUCCCUUUCGAGAAAUGUACUACAAUAUCUUCUGCCUGCCCACGAGACUACACAGCUGUUAGGAUGUCUACGGCAAUUCUUUCUCCUAGAUCGAGGGGAAUUUGCUGUUGCAUUGAUUGAGGAAUCCGAGAAGCGAUUACGUGUCAGGCAGCACCAACUAGGACGCCUCGUUGGUCAGGACAGGAACCCAGUUCAGGCCCUGAAGAGCUUGACCAUGAACGAUGCCGAACUGAAUCAGACGUUGCAGGCAGCCUGGAAGGACUUGGCUGCAUCGAACCGAGGAUCGAUAAACGCAAUCGACUAUGACGAUAACCUCGACUAUGCCCGUCAACACAUUUCUCUUGUAAGCACGCCAAGGUCUAUUCCUAGACCCCCUUCUCGCCCAUCAUCUUCCGACAGCACAGUACUACCUCAGCUUUCAUCAGUGGCCUUCGAUGAUUUGCUGUUUCCAACGCCAACUGCUCUCAAGUUCAGGGUUACACCCCCUUAUGACCUUAUCUUGUCUAGUCAAGAUAUUUCAGUCUACUCUCACAUUCACAGCUACCUUCUCGCGAUUCGAAGAGGCGGUCGAAAACUCUCCGGUCUAUGGAGCAUGGAGGGCGCUCGUAGGGAACGUCGGCACAAAUAUGAUUCAUUCAGAGCGUCUGACGAACAUGCAAGCAUUCUGCGAAGUAGAAGACGCACAAGGGCAAUAUCAAUGAGGAAGGUGUGGGCCACAUGCUCUGCUGCAGUCUUCUUGCUUUCCGAGACGUCAGCACAUUUCGAAGGAGAAGUCAGAGCGGGCGCUGGAGGUAGAUUUCGCGCCUGGGUCGAAGCUGGGAACCAAGAUGAACACGGCAAUGUCGUGGUACAACAUGAAACCAACGCCGGCGAUCAAUCUACAGAUCAGGUCUCGGAAGAUUUCCAAACUCAUGGUAUGCAAGGCUUGCUUCACACUUCUGUUGCACAAUCUCAGGUAUCUUCUUCCGGUUGGACCGCAUCAUCGAUCUUACCGGUUGAGGAAUCAGCAGCAACGCAGCAACGACGGACGGACAGCCAGCAAUCUCGAAUUCCAAAACAGGAAAACUUCACACCACAUGACCCGUCGUCCCUGUCAUCGACUCAUCGCGCUCACAUCUACGCCCUUGCACACGCUCUACUUCUUACGGAUGAACCUCUGACCCGAGCGCUACGGGAUCUUCUUGGUGCCGUUGACCAACUUGUUGCAUGGUUUGCCGAAGCAAUUGAAGGAUGGCGGAAAUCAGACGAUGGUUACGGUAUGGAUGAAUUUGGCGAGGAAGAUGACGGCAUGCUACAGAAAGAAAAGGAGAGACUCCUGCAGCUUGACCGUGCGCGAAAGGCCGUAGAUUCGGGACUACGGGCGGUCGUACUCAGACUAAGAGCGAUAGACGAGGAUCGUGGUGGACUUGGUCGACUCACCUCAGCUUUCGGUGACGAAGAAGGAGAUCGAUCUCUCCAGCCAGCCUCAGCAGGUGUACAUCGACUGCUGAUGAAGUUAGACUUUGGCAGGAUAGCCAACUUCUCAGCACCUGACGCAGACCCAUACACGACGCACACUGGACUGUUAGCACAUCGCUAGAUACUUCAUCAGACACAAAUUUAUCGCUGUCUCAAUUACUUUCCGUUGUUGUUCCGACGGACCAGCACGUUUCUACAUCAAUAGCUGCCAAUACAGUAUCAAACAUCAUUGCGUUC